CAAUAUAUAGUAGAAUUUUUCCGACAGCCACGAGAUCCUCUUUCUUUAUUAUCCUAUGAAAAUGCUUAUGCAAUGAGCGAUGGUAGAUCUGUGAGUGGUCAGCUGAAAAAGUUUGUGUUCCGCGGAAAAUCAUCCACUAACGGAGACACACGAGGUGAAUAUCUAGAGAUCGUGAUACCAGAGUUGCUAUCGGCCGGCUAUUCGUUUUACACGUGGCCGUCAGCGCCGCUGCUUGCCUGGUACCUUUGGACGCAGAGGCGGAACUUGCGCGGACUGCGAGUGUUGGAGCUCGGCUGCGGCACUGGCCUACCUGGUAUUCUAGCGGCGAAGUGCGGGGCCCGCGUCACACUCACUGACAGUGUAGCGUUGCCACGAUCCCUCAGGCACUUGGCAGCUUGUUGCGAGGCCAACGGACUCGUACCCAAUCGCGACGUGAAAAUCACAGGCCUAGCGUGGGGUCUUCUGUUGGCCGACGUACACAACCUGCGGCCUGUAGACCUGCUGCUCGCGUCAGAUUGUUUUUACGAGCCCACGCAGUUCGAAGAGAUCUUGUCGACAGUUGCUUACUUGUUGGAUGGUACUGACGCGCGAUUUUUGUGUUCUUACCAGGAACGCAGCGCCGACUGGUCCAUUGAAGCUCUGCUGAAGAAGUGGGGACUGAAGGGCGCUCUGCUGGACUUGGACUCCCUGAGUGAGAGCUCUGGCUACAGAAUAACUAGAUAGUUAGCUUUUAUAAUGGCAGAAGCACUUCCAGAGUACCCUGAUUCAGACUUCUCUGAUGAGGACCAGACACCACUUGAUGCAUCAUUCAACAAAGCUACAGACCAUGUCAGAAAGAUCACAAGCAAGUUGAACAACAAUCAACUACUUGAACUUUACGGAUUAUUCAAACAAGGUACUGAGGGCAAAUGCAACACCCCAAAGCCUGGGUGGCUGGAUGGCAGAGGGCGCAGAAAAUGGGAUGCAUGGAGAGCUCUAGAAGACAUGCCCUGUGACCAGGCCAAGGAGAAAUAUAUCCUAUUAGUACAAAAAUAUGAUCCAGAAUGGUCUGAGUUGUCCGAUAAUCCUGGCAAUUCUUCAGUGUGGGUUGCCGUAUCAUCAUUACGCCAUUCCCCAGAACCUGAUUUGAUUCACAGUGAACUGACAUUAUUAGACGCAGCUAGAGAAAAUUGCAGUGAAAGAGUAACUGAGCUUUUACGUAAGAAUCCUGAUCUUCGGCAUGAUAAGGAUGAGGAUGGACUAACGGCGCUGCACUGGGCCGCGGAUAGGAACGCUACACAGGCUCUUGCAGCUGCUUUACAAGGAGGAUGUGAAAUUGAUGCAGUAGACGAGACUGGACAGACUGCACUACAUUAUGCUGCUUCUUGUGGACACAUAGAGGCCACUAGCAUGCUUGUUAAGGCAGGAGCAUCCAUAUUGAAAGAUGAGGAUGACUGUACACCGCUAGACUUGGCUACUGAUGAAGAAGUAAAGAAAAUUCUGGAAGGUGCUACAUAGCAUUUUGUUUAGUUAGAAAUAAAUAUGGAUAUAGUAUUGAAAUAAAGUUUAUUAAUACUUUAUUGUAUAAAA